AUGCGGGGUGGUGCUAGGGACCGGUCGGGCGAGCGCAGCCGGGACAGCAGGAAGGAGAAGGAGCGCGAGAAGGAGAGGGAGAAAGAGAAGGAGCGCAUCACGCACCCGCGCCGUGUCGGCUCGCCUCUUCCUACCGCUCGCGUGCGCCAGUCGACGUCGGCCGUUGCCGUCGCUGCGGUCCCCAUGGAGAAGUCGUCGAGUGCGCACAGCGCGAACAGCAAGCACAGCGGAAGCAGGGAGCACCAUAGUGGCCACCCACGCUCCGGCGCGGAGGCUUCCCGGACAAAGCGUAACAAGCACGGCAGCUUUGACUUCGAGCGGCCAGUGUCUGCGGGUGCAGGGCCCGCGUCGGGUAGCAGUGGCGUCAUGAGCAUCAAGACGGCGCUGCAAAGCAUGGGGAUUGGGGAGCAGGAACGACAGCUUGCUCUGCAGCGGAGCCACAGCGCGCGCGCUGUUCCCAGGAGACCCAGGGAAGAGCCCGUGGAACACGGCUUCGCGCCCGCGUCGCUCCCGAGUACCCGCGGGGUCUUGGACAAAGGCAAGAAGCCGGCGACGGACGUCCACUUCGCAAACCCCCCUUCCCGCAGGAGCACUGACCGUUCAGGCUCUGCCGGGCAGCAUUCUCAACCUGCCUCCCACUCCUCCCAAUCCCACCCCCACUCUCGAGGUCACGGAGGCCACCACCCUCCACAGCCGGCUUCGACGUCCAGCCACGGCCACCGUCGAGACCCUGUACCCGCAUCGCCCAUGUCGACCGCGUCUGGGGACUCGUCAGGGCACAACCGGGACGGCAGCUGGGGACGGAGCGCUGGGAAGCGCGUCGGGCGCGCCUCGCACGGGCCGUUCAAGUUCGAGCCCGCAGUGCCCCCAAUUCCCGGCUCUCCUGCGGACAACGAGCGCAGGUCUGCGGCCCGCAGCGCCCCUCGUGCUGCGUCGCCCUCCCCGCUGACGGUGUCGGAAGCGAUGUCGCAUUCGAAGCAGGCCCGUCUCGCAGGGAAGGGCCGCUCGUUGGAUCUCGGUCUGGGAUUGACGUGGGCGCCCUCGAGGGUGCGCGAGGAGGCGGUUCUGAGAGUCGGCGGACCGAGGACUGGUAUGAGCGCGACUACGUCGUCAGCCGCACGGGCACGCUCGAGGUGGAGGGGUGCGGACGAGGAGGGGCGGUUGACGGCGGGGGCAGCUUCGGACGUAGCGGAGGCGUUCAAGGAGGCGCUGGGGGAUGCGGCGUAUGGAACUUUCAAAAACUACGUGCACCGGUUCGAUGCGAACGCGAUCCCGCUGGACGGACCGUAUGGGCUGCUCGUACACGUGGAGCGGUUGCUCGACAACUCGCCUGGCGUGGACCAGCGGCGGAAACACGUGCUCCUGGAGAGGUUCUUGCGUGUCGUGCAGAACUCGGAGGGUCGAUAA